AUGGCAAUAUUUUUAAUAAAUUCUAUUGCCAUAUUAGCAAUGAUUGUUGUUAAAUUCAGAGGUUAUACAUAUAAAUUAAUAUUACUAAGAAUAUUUUAUAAAAUAUAUAUCUGCAAUUUAGACGCUAUGGCUCUCGAUCAAGCUGGUCGUGAUGCGGUAGUUUAUUGGCACAAUUAUUUCCGUGCUGAACUAGUUGCAGGAAGGGUUAAAAAUAAAACUGGAGAGUUUUUGCCAAAAGCAAAGGAUAUGAUGCAAAUGUACUUUUCUGCUGAACUUGAAAAGCAGGCACAGGAAUGGGCCGAUAAAUGCACUUAUAGUCAUUCUGAUCCAUAUGGAAAUUACGGAGAGAAUUUCUAUGCUUAUGCAAGAAAGGACAAUGAUUCUGCUGCCAUCGAGUAUGUAGUAAAAGGAUGGUGGUCAGAGUUGGAAUACAGAGGAGCUUUGGGACCUUAUCCUGGCCAAGACUGCGUUGCAUUUGAUGCACCUCAAAAUAAUAGAGGUAUUGGACAUUGGACACAACUUGCUUGGUAUAACACUAAUCAAGUUGGGUGUGGAAUUGGACGUUGCCCCAAAUAUAAAUCUUAUGUUGUUUGCCAAUACAAGCCACCUGGAAAUGUUUAUACAGGAUGUGUUUAUCAUGCUGGUGAGCCUUGUACGAGUUGCCCGAACUCAUGCAACGAAACAUCCAAACUCUGUCUUGAUCCAAAGUAUGUAUCAACAACUAUUGGUACAACAAAAACUUUGUUGGACACUUCGAAAGCUCCUAAUACUCCAACAACAAAAAUUAGUCAACCAACUACAGGUACAACAAAAACUUUGUUAAACACAUCAAAAGCUCCUAAUACUCCCACAACAAAAAUUAGUGAACUUUUAACAACAUCGCAUAAAGCAACUAUAACAGUUGAAACUAAAACAGAUACUCCAAAGUCUGAUGAUUGUUGCUGUUCUAGUAGUUCUGAUGAGGACGAUUAA